AUGAAUAAGCUUGAACCCAAGUCAAAAAAGGAUACUCAGGUAUUUGAGAAUAUGGAAGAAUUUUUGUCAAGUAUCAAGGAGUCUAUUUCCAAGAUUGAUCUUCCGAAUCAAUCGACAGUACUUCAAGAGUCUCUUUAUCAAUUGAUUUCAAAUGUUGAGUCCAAUAUCAAAUCCGAGCUUGCUCCAAUCCUUGAGUUGGUUCUUCAUUUACCAACUAAUGUUCCACAUGCAGUUCAAGUGUCAGAAGGGGGAGAGAAAGGAAUUAGAGGAGUUGGUUCUUCAAAAGAUUCGGAGAAAGGAGUUGUAGUUGGGAAAGUAAGUUCGACUCAAAUUUCUAUUUCACUUCCCAUGCCUUUAAGAACAACUUCCACAACAACAACAACAACAACAACAACAAGAGAUUUAACAAAAGGAAUUUCAAUAAACGCAGGAGCUAGAGGUUCGAGUUCAAGUUCGAUUACUAACAAGUCAACUUCGAAUGAUGACUCAAUUAAUAAAGGAAAAGCUAUUUCUAUUUUUCUAUUAGAAGAAGAGAAGAAAAAGCAACAAGCUCUUGAAAUUGAGAAACAAAAUCAGAUCAACAACAUUUGGAGGCGAAGAGAAAAUGAUUCAUCUAGCUUGAACAAGGGUGAUCACAACAAGCAGUGGUGUUAUGAAACAACUAAAGAUAUUGUUUCGAUUGGAUUGAAUGAUUACUUUCAAAAGGUGCCAAUAAAGAACUACAACAUUGAAAAUUUUGAAUUCAAUCAACUUGAUUUUUGA